UUUCCUGUUUGUAGUUGUGUUUUUGUACUCUGUGUGUCCGGGGUGGUUCCACUGUGAGAUCAGACUUUUGUGGUUUAGUGACAAAAUUAGUGCUGUGGGGGGUGAAAUCAGAAAGUACGAGUGUGUGUCUGUUGUGUCAGCUUGAGAUGUGGGAGUAGAGCACUGUUCAGAUUCUCAGCAGCCGCUCAGAAAUGAAGUUUUCCUCCAGACUCCUGUUCGGGCUCCUCAUGUCAUACCUUUAUUUGAGAGGUUCAAGUAAUUUUUGUGUCAAUCAGAGUCCAUCCAGCAUCACUGUGAAUGAAGGAGAAUCUGCUCAAAUCAGCUGCUGCUGGAAUACAUCCACACACAGCGUUAAAGUUGUUUGGUACAUCAAUGAAACAAAACUUUCAGAUCCAAAGCAGGAACUCCGAGAGCAUCAAAUAAAGAGCUGUUCAACUCUCCACCUCAUAAACAUACUGAAUAAUCAUACAGGUCAUUAUGUUUGUGAAGUGACUCAAGAUAUACCACUCCUGGUAAAGAAGAACGGCACCGGAACAAAUGUAUCUGUCAGCAUUUGUGAACUAAAUACAACUUCUGAUAAUGAUUCUGACCGGUCUCCAGAUACUAAGACAACGAGCACCCAAAACUGGCUGUCAGAUAACAUCCUGCCUUUAUCUCUGGGCUCCGCCAUCGGCCUACUGACCCUAUGUUUGGCCUUCAGCAUCUGCAAGAUGAGGAACUGUAAAAAAACAGAGCGAAGGGUCAUCCAUCAGACUCCACAUAGUGAAGGAGAAGAGCAUGAGCACAUGGAGGAGGAAGAAGGAAGCACCGGCUCGUCCCGAGGAUCCCUCCAGUGGUAUCAGGUGCCUGUUUACUGGUCUUACUUUGAUCUACGGAGGGGUGAAGAACAAUGACAACAAAAAAUGACAGACGAACUUGAUGUUCUGCUCAUCGGAUCGCAUUUCGCAUUUUUAUUUUUCUCCCCCUCUGUCUUUCUUUCAUGAGAGUGCCUUUGUAAAUAGCAGAAGCUGUUUUAGAUGCAGCAUUCGAGCUAUCGAUUGUGGUAUCAGAUGCUAAUCUCUCUGUUUAUAGCAGCUACAUUGAUUGUUUUGUUCUUGUUUUCAUUUUGUGUUGUUUGUAUUAAAUUAAACUGAAGAUUUUUCAAGCCGACUGCUUAGAUAGGUUCCUGCUCAUAAAGUUGUGAUUCAAAAUAAGUACACAGUGUUUACCUUGAAGCCAGUGUGCGAAUAAUAUAGUGACUUAUGGGGGGG